AUGGCAUGUAACGGCACGUCUUUCCCAUGGCCGUCCAUGCCGGAAGACCUGACUUUGGAAACUGUUCUCAAUGAUGAAUCGCCUUACGUGAUGCUGGCUGAAUUUAAAAACUACUUGGAGAAAACCUAUUGCGGCGAGAAUCUAGCGUUUUACACGGCGGUGCACGAUUACCAGCGCGCGGUCCAAGCAGCGUUUGGCGAUCUGCUCGACAAUGCUGUGAUACUCAGUAGUGGCUAUCCUUUUCAUUUCAACGUAGCAGAAGAAGCAUGGUUAACACCGCACGAAAAAGUCCGUUUCGACGCUUUAAAGAUCAAGUUCGACACCAUCAUACAACAACACAUUUUGACCAAUGCUGUCCAAGAAAUCAAUAUACGUUAUGACAUUCGAGAUACAUUAUUGAAAUCAAAUCAGCAAGACCGUUCCUACCAUCCCCGUUUACUGACGCCUUCUUGUGAUGCGGUCGUCGAGCUGAUGCGCGCCAGCUCCUUCAUUCCUUUCGCGGCGAAUCUGGUGCGAACAGCCUCUGCUCCAGCUUCGCCAUCGACGAAAAAAAUGAAUCGUGCCCUGUAUCAAUCUCUUCGCCGCCAAAAAAGUACACCGUCCAUGUCAACCUUGGCCCGCGUCUCUUCACUUCGGGAACCUGAAACGCCCUCGGGUCAAAUAUCGACAAGGAAACUUUCUUUGUCUGCUGAUUCUUCUUCUUCCCGAGACCCUUCUUUCCUCCAUAAACUCGCUACAUCCAUGGGCUUCUUUUCUCGAUCUCCCUCAUCUUCUCAUCGGCCUUGA